CACGGCUCUUCCCCCGGCACAGGUGAAGUCUCGCGAGACGGAGGCCGCGCGCGGUUGUGUCCCGGCCGUGGCGCCGGCUUCCUCCGUGUCCCUGCGGGCCCGGCGCCUGGCUCCCGCUGCUACCCUCCGUCUCGGCGGUCCCCACCGAGUUCCCCUCAGCCCCCGCCCCGGCCCCCGCAGGAUGGGGGACAAUACCAGCCCCAUCAGCGUGAUCCUGGUGAGCUCGGGCAGCAGGGGCAAUAAGCUGCUCUUCAGGUACCCCUUCCAGAGGAGCCAGGAGCACCCCGCGUCCCAGACAAAUAAACCACGCAGCAGAUAUGCUGUCAACAACACGGGCGAACAUGUUGAUGACCAGGAUGGUGACUCCAGGUUCUCAGAUGUUAUUCUGGCAACAAUUUUGGCAACCAAGUCUGAAAUGUGCGGCCAAAAAUUUGAACUGAAGAUUGAUAAUGUACGGUUUGUUGGGCACCCAACACUGCUGCAGCAUGCUCUGGGGCAGGUCUCCAAAACAGACCCAUCUCCAAAGCGGGAAGCACCCACCAUGAUUCUUUUUAAUGUGGUGUUUGCACUGAGGGCCAACGCUGACCCAUCAGUGAUAAACUGUCUACAUAACUUGUCCCGGCGCAUUGCCACUGUCCUGCAGCAUGAGGAGCGCCGCUGCCAGUACCUUACUCGAGAGGCCAAGCUGAUCCUAGCACUUCAGGAUGAGGUGUCUGCUAUGGCUGAUGCAAAUGAAGGUCCUCAGUCCCCGUUCCACCACAUCCUGCCCAAGUGCAAGCUGGCUAGGGACCUCAAGGAAGCUUACGACAGCCUCUGCACAUCUGGUGUGGUGCGGCUUCACAUUAACAGCUGGCUGGAAGUGAGCUUCUGUCUGCCCCACAAGAUUCACUAUGCAGCUUCAAGUCUGAUCCCUCCUGAGGCUAUUGAGCGGAGCCUGAAAGCCAUCCGCCCGUAUCAUGCCUUGCUACUACUCAGUGAUGAGAAGUCUCUGCUGAGUGAGCUUCCCAUUGACUGCUCUCCGGCUCUAGUGCGGGUCAUCAAGACCACAUCUGCUGUGAAGAACCUGCAGCAGCUGGCCCAGGAUGCUGAUCUGGCCUUGUUGCAGGUCUUCCAGCUCGCAGCUCACCUGGUAUACUGGGGCAAGGCCGUCAUCAUCUACCCAUUGUGUGAGAACAACGUCUAUGUCCUGUCUCCCAAUGCCAGUGUGUGUCUGUACUCCCCACUGGCCGAGCAGUUCUCCCGCCAGUUCCCGUCCCAUGACCUGCCAUCUAUCCUGGCCAAGUUUUCCUUGCCUGUUUCUCUGUCGGAGUUCAGGAGCCCUCUGGCUCCCCCUGCACAGGAGACCCAGCUCAUUCAGAUGGUGGUGUGGAUGCUGCAGCGCCGGCUCCUCAUCCAGCUGCACACCUAUGUGUGCCUAAUGGCCUCACCCAGUGAAGAGGAGCCCCGACUGCGAGAGGACGAUGUCCCCUUCACGGCCCGAGUCGGUGGCCGCAGCCUCAGCACACCCAAUGCCCUAAGCUUCGGCUCCCCAACCAGCAGCGAUGACAUGACCCUUACCAGCCCCAGUAUGGACAACUCCAGUGCAGAGCUGCUCCCCAGUGGGGACUCACCACUGAACAAGAGGAUGACAGAGAACCUGCUGGCCAGCCUCUCAGAGCAUGAGCGGGCUGCCAUCCUUAGUGUGCCUGCAGCCCAAAACCCUGAGGACCUCCGCAUGUUUGCCAGGCUCCUUCACUACUUCCGUGGCCGUCACCAUCUGGAGGAGAUCAUGUACAACGAGAACACACGGCGUUCCCAGCUGCUCACACUCUUUGACAAGUUCCGCAGUGUGCUGGUGGUGACCACCCAUGAGGACCCCGUCAUUGCUGUCUUCCAGGCCCUGCUCACAUGAGCCCAGGCAGUGUGCCCAGUGUGAAUGAGAACUAGUCUACCCCUGACCCAGAACUCCUGGCUGGUCUGAGGAGGAGGGCAGCCCCAGCCUAGCAGAACUGGUUCUUGUCCCAGCUGUCCGUCUGGUCAGAAGUAGCUAUGGGGCAACCAUUGCUGGACUUUUUAUUUUUGAGACAAAGACUUAUGUAGCCCAGAUCUCAUACUU